AUGGUGGGGCUGCUGGGCGGCUGGAGCGUGUCGUUCGCGGGCUGCGGCUUCUUGGGCGUCUACCACAUCGGCGCCGCCACUUGCCUGCAGGAGCGCGCCCCGCACCUGGUCCGCGACGCCCGGCAGAUCUACGGGGCCUCCGCGGGGGCGCUCACUGGCGCCGUCCUCAUCGGAGGCGGCUCACUGGCGGCAUCAUGUGCAGAUGUUCUGAGUCUAGCCAAAGAAGCGAGAAAGCGAAAUCUUGGCCCUCUUCAUCCUUCCUUCAAUGUGAUGAAAAUAAUACGGGAUGGAGUCCACAGAAGUCUUCCAGAAAACGCUCAUCAAUUGAUAUCAGGGAAACUUUGCAUUUCACUUACCAGAGUGUCUGAUGGCAAAAAUGUGUUGGUAUCCCACUUUAAUUCUAAAGAAGAAGUUGUGCAGGCUUUGCUCUGCAGUUCAUUUGUGCCUAUAUACUGUGGCCUCAUUCCACCUUCAUUUAGAGGGGUGCGCUACGUUGACGGUGGAAUAAGUGACAACUUACCUCAAUAUGACUCGAAGAAUACCAUCACAAUUUCUCCUUUCUCUGGGGAGUGUGACAUUUGUCCCAAAGGCAACUCUGCAAACUUCCAUGAAAUGAAUGUGACGAACACCAGCAUUCAGUUUUGCUUAGGGAACUUAAACCGUUUGACUCAAGCAUUUUUCCCUCCAGAACCCAAGGUGUUAGGAGAAAUCUGUGAACAAGGAUAUUCGGAUGCACUUAGAUUCUUGAAAGAAAAUGGUAUGCUGCAUGAUUCAGUUUCUGUUGACUUGGCCUUAACAAAAGAAAACCAUGAGAACUGUGCAGAGACCCCAGGUUAUACUGAGAAAAAAAUAGUUGCAGCAAAUCAAGACAAAAAAGAGAUAAAAGAUGAAGAAAUGCUCAUUGACCAAAUGAAAUUAGCUGCUUGGCCAUUGGAUAGAACUAUUUUUGAGAAACUACCUCCUAGACUUCGUAAAGCAUUUCAGGAGGCUUGUAAAGAGAAAUGUGGACUGUAUGCUCAGCUUUCUAAAUUUCUACCAAUGCGUCUGAUGUCCUAUAUGAUGCUCCCGUAUACUCUGCCAGUCGAGUCAGCAUAUUUUGUGGCCUUAAGAUUGGUAGACUGGUUUCCUGAUAUUCCUGAUGAUGUGCGAUGGAUGCAGGGGCAGCUCUAUCAAAUUAUCGGUGCAGUAUAUUCAAAAGCAAGGGAAAGGCUACUGAAUAUUCCCAGUAAUGAAAGUGGUGCCUUGCUUAGAAAAUGCCAGACUACACCAGUGAACACAAGUCUUCACUCUUCCUAUGUCCCUCCUAAGAUGUCUCAUUCUUCUGCACACCUUAAAGAGUGGCUUUGGGAACUUCCCUACCUUGAAGACUUACCAAAGAUGGAAGGUGCAGUUGGUAUUAGUGAAGGCUUUGACUCAAUUCGUCCCCUUUUCACGAACUCUCAAGAAUCUGGGGUGGAAGUAGAUUCUGACUCUUCCUCUGAGAAGAGUUUCCAGACUGCCUCUGAAGACUAGCUCGAAUAGUACAGCAUCAGAAAAAGAAUUCUCACUCUGGAAGGCAUGUGUUCUUCCAGCAUCUUGCCAAAUAGUCUUUUGGAUGACUUUGUUUACAAUAGCUGGCAGAUUGCCUUUGGGGAAUCUUUUGCGGAAAGAUAAAUGUGCUGUUCUGGUCUAGCUUCCUGAUAAUGAAUUAAGAGUUAAAAAUACCCUUGUGCAAUGGAGCAUUGUUUACCCAAACAAGAUUUUCAGCAGGAAAAAAGAAUAAUCUGAACCUUCUUCUGUUGAUGUUUUUAUAUUGGGACAAGCAUCUGUAGCAAAAAUGUAGCUAUUUAAAGUAUUUAACUUUUUUAAAAUACUGUUUUUCCUCUGUCUUUUUAAAUUGUUUUAGCACUUGAGCAAAAUGAAACAACUUGUACUUACAGGCAUACAGGAACUUUUUGGAAGAGCUCUAAUGCUUUUAUCUGCCUUAUGUCUAAAUAUAUUAUACUGGUGGGAAGUGUUGCUGUCUCAGUUACACCCCCCUCUUGUGAAGUUUCAUUUUCGGGAACACUAUCUAGAAGUAAUGUGAGUUUUAAUAAGCAGUUCCCUGGGGAGUGCUUUUUUUGUUGUUGUUGGGGUUGGAGCAGAAGUUGUAGAUCUAGUCCAGACUUCAGUGUGAUACAGAUGUGCUGGUCCAUGACAGGGCAUCCUUAUGCACUAAAUCCAAUCCCAAUGAGCAAGAUUAUACUUUCACAAUUAUUGGGGUAAGCUACUUUUUCUCUUAGAGAAGCCAUUGAUUAGAGGGGGAAUUCUAAUGCAGGUGUCAUCAAGGCAUGCAUUGUGCAGUUCCCUGACGUGGAGUAAAUAGGUAGAGAGUUAGUGUGACUUGGAGGUUGCGGAACUUAAAAGGCUCUCAUUUGCUCUUCAAUGUUCCCAGAUUAAGAAACAAAACAAAAGAAACUCUGAAAAAUGAACUGUUCCCUGGGGAAUGCUUGAACUGUGAACUCACACAAUGAACUGUGUGAGUCCCCUGAAGUAAUCACAGGAAUCAUAAUGUCCUAUGUUUCACUAAAUUCAAACCAUUUUUAGCCUAGUCUUUACUGACCAAAAUGUGAAAGUGUGCCAAUUUAUUAUAAGUUAUGGCCUUAAGUUGCCUGUACCAUUGAGAGCUGACGGAAGUGUUAAAUCACAAAUAAACUAUUUUUCAAGUGGCUUUAAUUUUAGCAGAGCAGGUUGAGGCAAUAGCAUAAAUAGUCUCUCUCUGAAAUACUUGAUACCAUAUUGAAAGUGAUGCGUGAGUACUCCUUGCUUCACAAUUUUCAUUACUUAAAGUGAUAAGGAUACUAAUUUAUGGCACAGGAUUUAAAUGUUAUUUUCAUAAAUUAGAUCAGUCUUAUAGGCAGUUAAGCACUCCCUGCUCCCACUCUGGCCAGUUUUAGUACUGGUUUGGUGUGAUGUUCUGUUAUUAUAAUGGUAUGAAAUUGUUGUAUUAUUACAAUGGUCCGAGGGCCAAUCAAGUGGUAUGGCAAAUGACUGUUUAUUUAUGAAUAAAGUAGGUUAUAUGUUGGCAAACAUCAAAGCCUUCACUGGAGUGGUAGUCUGAUUAAAGUCUCUUUCAUAUUUUAAAUUCUUAUAAUUGACAACUUUUGGUAGGUUUACGUUUGACCAAAAAUUAAGCGGUCUUUCAGUUGUGACUUUAUAAUGAAAACCCAAACAUGUUUUAUGUUUCAGAGGUAGAAAGGAAACUACUUUAACAGGUUGAUAAAAGUGUUUUCCAAAAUGUCACAUUCUUCACAAUGCUGAAAUUGACUUGUUUAUUAUCCUUGUUGGUGCUAUUUCAUCCAAGAUACAGUCUUUGGCACAGGGCUGUGUAC